AAGUAAUCAAGAGAUGGAAGAUAUAGGGAAUGGAUAUUUUAAUAUUCUAUUGCAAAACUCCCUUUUUCAAGAUGUUACAAUGGAUAAAGAUGGAGUUGUUAUCACAUGCAAGAUGCACGAUCUUGUGCAUGAUCUUGCAGAACUAGUGUCAAAAUCUGUUGGGAAAUUGCAGUCCCUAUUUUCAAAUGGUGAAGACCUUAGCAAUAGCUUGUCAACUCUUAAUUCUUUACGAGUGUUGAAUUUAUACGAUGUUGAAAUUGAGGAGUUGCCAAGUUCAAUUGGCAGGUUGAAACACUUGAGGUAUUUGGAUGUAUCUGCAACAAGAAUCAGAGAACUUCCAAAAUCUAUUGGCAAGCUUUACAAUCUGCAGACGUUAAGAAUGUAUGGUUUGUGGUAUCUUGAAAGGUUUCCAAAGGAAAUGGAAAAUUUGAUCAACUUAAGGCAUGUUUAUUUCGACGAGCAUAGGGAAGUUUCAUUUGGGAUGAGACGAUUGACUCGUCUGCAAACAUUACGUUGCUUUAAUUUGGAUAAGGAAAGGAAUCAUGGAAUUGACGAGCUGGGUGGCUUAAACCAAUUAAAAGGUGAACUAACUAUCUCAUCUUUGGAACAUGUGAAAGACAAAGACGAAGCGAAGAAAUCAAAUUUAGCAGGGAAAACAAAUAUACGAAAGUUGACAUUAGCAUGGGGGUAUGACAGGGAGAGAAACAACAAGGCGAGUGAUGUUGAUGUACUAGAAGGCCUCCAACCGAACCGUGAGUUAGAAAUCUUAAAGAUUUACAACUUCAUGGGUGUUAAAUUAGCAUCAUGGAUGAUGAGUCUACUCAAUUUGAAAGAGAUCCGGUUAUCCCACUGUGAGGAAUGUGAAGAAGUCCCUCCACUCGGCCAUUUGCCAAAUCUUAGGCAUGUUAAAUUUGAAUAUAUGGAUAAGCUUAAAUGUGUGGUAGUUGAGUUUUAUGGUGCGGCUUUGUUUCCAUCAUUGAAAACGUUAGUUUUUAAUAAUUGUCCAGCUCUAAUUGAAUGGAAGGAAGCGGCGUUUCCCUGCCUUGAGGAGUUGACACUUUUGAAUUGCAGGGAAUUGAGAAAUGCUCCAAGUCAUUUUCCAUCUCUCCAGAAGUUGAAGAUACGUAAUAUUGACCAGGUCAUGGCAAUAGAAAAUAUAUGCAGUCAACUAACAACUCUCACUCACCUCGAAAUUCGUGGAGCCACUGAGCUUACUCGUCUACCAGUAGGGAUGCUGGAAAACAACCACAAUCUUCGGGUGCUGCAUAUUGACGAUUGCAAUAAGCUUAGCCAUUUACCUGAUGAGCUACACGCACUCCGUCUUCUUGAGGGGUUAACUCUCGAGAAUUGUCCUAGUCUAGAGUUCAUUCCAAUUACCACCCAAAGCCAGGGCAUGCCAUGUCUCCGCAUAGUGAAGAUUCAAAAUUGUGAGAAAUUAUCAAGCUGGCCAAGUGGGUUGGAAUAUUGCACUUCUCUUCAGGAAUUGCGUAUUACAAAUUGUCAAAAUUUGAGGCAUUUACCGGUUGAUGGGCUACAGACCCUUGUCUCUCUUGAGGAGUUGACUCUAAUUGAGUGUCCUAGUCUAGAGUUCAUUCCAAUUACCACCCAAAGCCAGGGCAUGCCAUGUCUCCGCAUAGUGAAGAUUCAAAAUUGUGAGAAAUUAUCAAGCUGGCCAAGUGGGUUGGAAUAUUGCACUUCUCUUCAGGAAUUGCGUAUUACAAAUUGUCAAAAUUUGAGGCAUUUACCGGUUGAUGGGCUACAGACCCUUGUCUCUCUUGAGGAGUUGACUCUAAUUGGCUGUCCCAGUCUAGAGUUCAUUCCAAUUACCACCCAGAGCCAGGGCAUGCCAUGUCUCCGCAAAUUGAAGAUUGAUAAGUGUGAGAAAUUAUCAAGUUGCCCGAGUGGGUUGGAAUAUUGCACCUCUCUUCAGGAAUUGCAUAUUACAAAUUGUCAAAAUUUGAGGCAUUUACCGGUUGAUGGGCUACAGACCCUUGUCUCUCUUGAGGAGUUGACUCUAAUUGGCUGUCCCAGUCUAGAGUUCAUUCCAAUUACCACCCAAAGCCAGGGCAUGCCAUGUCUCCGCAUAGUGAAGAUUCAGAAUUGUGAGAAAUUAUCAAGCUGGCCGAGUGGGUUGGAAUAUUGCAACUCUCUUCAGAAAUUGAGUAUUGAAAAUUGUCAAAAUUUGAGACAUUUACCGGUUGACGCGCUACAGGACCCCGUCUCUCUUGAGAAGCUGUACAUAGUGGGUUGCACUAAUCUAGAAGCUAUUCCAAGUUUAGACAACCUCACAUCCCUCCAUGAUGUGACUAUUUGUGGUUGUGAUGGACUCACAAGUCUACCGAGGGGGCUACAAUCCUGCACAUCUCUUAACCGCUUGACAAUAAUUGAAUGCCACAAUUUGAUUUCUAUGGCAGAUGUCGAUGUGUCCAGGUUGCAGUCUCUUUCCAAUUUAGAAAUAUUUGAUUGCCAGAAAUUAAAAUAUUUGCCAACGGGGCUACGCUCUCUGACGAGUUUGCAUUAUAUGAGAAUUGGUAAGUUUUGGGAACAGCUCGAUUCUUUCCCUGAUUUUGAGCUACCAUCACAAAUCCGAUGGUUAAAUAUCUCAGGGUGGCCUAAGCUCAAGUCUCUGCCUCAACAAAUUCAACACUUUACUACUUGUUUAGAAUAUUUGGCUAUAAAGUCUUUCGAUAGCAUGGAGGCUCUUCCAGAGUGGUUGGGUAAUCUUACAUCUCUUGUCUACCUGGAAAUUUGGGAUUGUAAGAAUCUGAUGUAUCUGCCUACCGUUGAAGUUAUGCAACGCCUCACCAAAUUAGGCACGCUAGUGAUUAGUGGAUGUCCCCUUCUGGCGGAAAGAUGUGCCAAGGAGAGUGGCCCAGAAUGGCACAAGAUUUCUCACAUCCCAGAUAUAAGAGUUGCCCCGCGUGAAGAAUCGGAAUCUUCAAGUGAUGAUUCGACUCAAAUCAUUAAUUAAUUCAUGUUUUUCAUGAAUGUGCCUUCGGGGAGUAGCUGCAACUUUCACAUUGAAGCACAAAAAGGCUUUUACUCUCGAAACAGAAGAACAAGUGCUAAGAAACAUUAGGUGAAAACUUUUUCCAUCCAGAUAUGGGGCUAGCAUCCAUUUGAAGUGUAAACAUUCCUUAGAAGUUGUUUAUAAAAAUUUGAUGAACUGGAGGGUUUACUGGAGUGAUGAGGCAACCUUGAAGCUUUCAGUGAACUAUCUAUUUGUAUAUGUGAGAUCUGAAGAAUCUACCAGCAGUGGAAGCUCUGAAAAUUUCCCCAAAAUGAAAAGAUGCACCGAGGAGAGCCAGUCAUGUUCAAGGAGAUACAUGGCAUAGUGCAGCCAAUGGUGUUUUUCAUAAUGCAGGUUUCAGCUAUAUAUAUGGCAUCUCAGUUGUUGAAGGCAGAGUCGAGAUUGAAGAAGAAACUCAUGCAUGCGAUGUGCUUGUGAUCUAGAACUUAUUGUUUUGGACAAUAUGGAUUCGAUGAUACUAUUUUGCAGAUUUGGGGCUAGCAUCCAGUUGAAGUGUAGACAGUCCUUAGAAGUUGUUUCUAACAAUUUGAUGAACUGGAGGAUCUACUCAAGUGAUGAAGGAACCUUGCAGCAGUCGAUGAACUAUUUGUACGUGUGAGAAUCUGAAGUAUCUACCUGCAGUGGAUAAGUUCCGAAAUUGUCGCCAAAACAAAAAGAUGCACUGAGGAGAGCUGCCGUAGUGGCAAAGGUUUUAAUAAUCCUCUCCUUUCCAAGCAAGGACGAUAGUGCAAACAGUACUAAUCAUUUGGCUUGGGUGACUCAACAAAUGUGAAUGAGAAUCAAGUGGAAUGUUGCUCUUCUUCACUCUCCCUGUGGGUGUCUGUCUUCAUAAUGCUAAAAAGCAGAGUCAGCAUUCAAGAAGAAAUUCAUGAAUGCGCUAUGAGUGCCACUUCCAUGCAUGUUUUUGUCUCACGAAAUUUUAAUUUGCACAAAUUGGGAAACUUCUUAUGGUGCACCAUAAUUGGAAGACACUUUUUACUUGGAGGGCGUUUAUCAUGAAGAAAGCUCCUCCUAAUGAAGUCCUAAGACCUAUCUCUUGCAAAUAAGAUAGUUUAAGUCUUUUUAAAGCACGAAUGAUAGCAGAAGUUAAUAAAAAAAAGCUUGUGAGUUUAGAAUGUAUUUGGGGUUCUUUGUUGAGAAAUGAGUUGAGAGAUAAAUUUCGAGUGAUUUUCAGAACUUUCCUUGUCGUUGUAACGAUCUUCUAUUCUUUUGAUUUAGUGGAUUAUGAACUCAAUCGGCCGUGACCGUAGACCAAUUAUGGUGGACCACGAUCAUUUUUGAGUUUAUAUCUGCUUUCGUCUCCCUCUCUUACUUUUCCAAUAAAGAUCAUUACGUGGAGCAACAGUCUGAGGGAGCUCAUCUGGCUAAAACAAAGUCUGAGAGAAGAAAUGGUUUUAAUAUUUGUGAAUCUUCCUUUGAUUGUAUUACGGUUGAAUGUUCCAUUAUGAGAGAAGUGGGAUAUUUGGUGCACUGAUCUUUCUUUGUUGAACUUUCUUUGUUCUUGGAUGUUUAGGGCCGCUUCCACACCCUUGUCUUCAAUGAAUUGUUUGACUUGACUUUAUUACAAUUAUUAUGAAUACAUAUUAUUUU